AUGGCAGGUUCGAGUACGGUGACUGUCGCAUCGUCAAAAGCGAAUAAAGUUCAUAAAUGUACCAUGUGUGACAAAGCUUUUGCAAGACCAAACAAAUUACACCAGCAUAUCGACUUUUCACACAGAAAUAAAUAUCCAUAUGAAUGUAGUAUUUGUGGCAAACCAUAUUCGAGUAAAGAUCAUGCCAAUCGCCACUAUCAAAAAGUUCAUGUAUCAUCAAAACGAACAGAAAAAGAAAAUUUGUCAACCUUUCAUUGUUCCAUUGAUAAUUGUUUAAAAAUUUUUGCCAAUAAACAAAAUCUCGAUCGACAUGUAAGAAAGUCUCAUACAUUCAAUGAAAAUAAAAUAAAAUGUCCAUAUUGUGAAGCAAAAGUGAUUGGGAUCAAAGUUUUUCAUUCACAUUUGAUCGAUAGUCACAGUUGCACACCUGGAAAUUACAAAUGCAUAGAUUGUCCAAAAAUGUUUUCAACAAUUAAACAGUUGUCUCAUCAUCGAAAAGCUCACAAUGUUGACGAACGUAUUGUACAACGCACAUUAGAAAAUUUAUUGUCACGUGUAGAAAAACAUGUUGACAAACUCAAAGCUUACAAAUGUGAUCUAUGUGAUCAAACAUUUCAAUGUUUAACAUAUUUAAAUCAACAUAAGAACAGUAAAAUACAUAAUGAUUACUAUGUUUGCAAAGAAGAAAGCUGUGGAAAGAGAUUCGCUUAUCUGAGAAAUCUUCGACAACAUUACAAAGCUCAACAUGAAAAUGUUCGCCUUAUUUGUCCAGUUGUAUCUUGUUCAACAACAUUUACUUAUCAAUCAUCACUCGAUCGUCAUUUAUUGAAUAUGCAUACAUUUAGAGAUAGUAAUAAGCGAUUGAAAUGUUAUCCGAUGAAAGGACAUCGUCGUCAUGAUAUUAAAAAUUUAUUGAGCGGUUUUGAUGGACGUCAUCUAAGAUCGAAAAAAAUGUUAAAUGGAAGUGAAACAAUACAUAAUGAAAUGAAACAGUUAUUAGAAAUAUUAACUGAUACACCAUCUAUUGAGCAGACAGAAACAAAUAAUCAAAUGGAACAUGAAGAGAAUAGUAGUAGUAUAAUGACAGAAGGGUCGAGUUCAACUCAAUCACUCGAUUCUCUUCUGCUAAAUGUUUACAAUGAUAUCGGUCUUUUCCUAUUAAAUUAA